CACAAUUUCCAUUCCAUUUGCAUGCACAUCAACUCGCCAGCGGAGAUGCUUAGGUGUUGCUAGCCUUGGAAGAGUCUUGCAACAAGGACUGGCGUCUUAACACCGAGCGCUGAGGUGGGCGCUACAACGCCAUGGCGUUUCUCUGGGGCCGCAAUCGGCAGCGCUCUGCGUUGGAUCUGGUCAGGUCGAGCAAGGAACUACUUCUCCGUCUAACCAAAGACGAUGGACAGCUGCAAAAGACGGAAGAGGAGCUCGCACGCACAUUGUCCGUCAUGAAAACCACCCUUCAAGGCUCCCCCGACACCGAUGCACAGCCCGAGCAAGUCCACCAGCUCGUUAGCACCAUCCUCUCCGAAUCAUUAUUACCACUGCUCGUCUCGAAUAUGCACCGAUUACCCUUCGAAGCACGCAAAGAUACACAGACCAUCGUCUCGAACGUCUUCCGGUUUAGAAAUGCUGGCAGCACAUCGAACGAGCCCGAUGCGUUGAAAGAGGUGUUGAGGCUGCAGCCUGGGAUAAUCGUCAAUCUUUGCAUGGGAUACGAGAAGAGGGAGAGUGCAGGAGCGUGCGGUGGUAUCUUGAAGGAAGCCCUGAAAUGGGACGCCGUCGCUGCGGUGAUCUUGUACGACGAGCCGUUCCCCGAUGGCAAGACCAUUGACAUCUACAAUGAUGUGGAUGUGUCAAAGAAGAGCUCGGGCAACGGGGUGUUCUGGAAGUUCUUCGAUUGGAUCGACAAGUCCUCCUUCGAAGUCUCGGCCGAUGCCUUUGACUGCUUCCGCGUGAUCCUCACCAAGCACAAGCAAUUGGUGUCGCAGUACAUCAACACCAACUUCGAUCUAUUUUUCGACAAGUACAACAACAUGCUGGUGAAGAGCGAGAGUUAUGUGACCAAGCGACAGUCGCUUAAACUGCUCGGCGAGGUGCUGCUGGAUCGGCAGUUUUACGAGGUCAUGACACGCUACGUUGACUCGGGCGACAAUCUCAAGCUCGUCAUGUGGCAGCUGAGGGACGAGCGGAGGAUGGUGCAGUACGAAGCCUUCCACGUCUUCAAGAUCUUCGCCGCCAACCCGAAUAAAUCCUACGAGGUGCAGAGGUUCCUCGUGAUGAACAAGCAGCGUCUGCUCAAAUUCCUGCCGAGGUUUUUGGAAGACAGAACGGACGACGACCAGUUCAACGACGAAAAGGCGUGGCUUGUCAAGGCGAUCGGGAAUCUGCCGGAUAGUACAAGCGCACUGCAGCCUCCUGGCGCCAUAACUCCGCAGACUGCUGGACGAUCGGUACAACAGCAAACAGGGCUAGCUCAGGUCCAUUGAUGAUGCGCAUUUGGUUGCGAAACGGCGUUUGAAGACAGGAGGGCUGGAGUACUACAAUUAUUGGAGCAGCAUUAUACCGGGGUCGGGCGUUUGCGUUCUCAACGCUCUACAUGGCGUAUAGCAGCACUUCCGCGUCAAAUGAAUUGUUCUUUGUCA